UAUCCGACGAAUGUGCCACAAGAACCGCCCGUGACAACAAGCAACACCGCACCAGACACGGGAGCUUGCUACAAAAUAACAUCAACAAUCAACAGAGAAACGGUACAACUAUUGCAGAGACUCUCUCUAGUUGAUCUCGACACCGAGGAAGCCCUACGAACUCUCCACGAUUCCAUUACGUUCGCCUCACGCAUUUUGCCCAUCAACACAGACGGCGUUGAACCGCUGGUGUCGGUGCUAGAAAAGGAACAAUUAAGCCUUCGUGAAGACAUAAUUGACGAUGGCAAUCAGCAAGAACACGUGCUACGAAAUGCGUCCAUUACGGAAGAAGAAUACUUCAUUGCUCCACCAGGCAAUAUCCCACUAGAAUGGCAACCAAACAGAAACGAGCCGUGAACAGAGAGCCGCGUCUAAUACAAUACUUGUCGAUGGUUGAACAUUUAUUCGAAAGGUUCAUUUAUUACAUUCAUAAGCCAUCUCCCUGGUGCAAUCCCUUGGUGAUAGCAAAUGGACCUUUCAAGGAAACGCUUUCCAUCGACCUUCACCUGUCUUGUGACGUUGGUUAUGGUCAUUCCAACAAGUCUGGAUCUGCCGAAUGGUGAAGGUCUGGUCAGUGGUAGACUUUCCUCUUCUGAAGACUUUCCUCCCUGAUAGUUGCCAACUCAGCGUACUGGAGUAGCGUACUGAGAAUCAGCGUAUGGGAGUAGCCGUUCCUGCCGAACGAGGCUGAAGAUCUUAUAGGCGGUCUUGAACACCGUUAUACCCCUAUAAUGGCUGCGUAAUAGCCUGUCCCCCUGUUUGUGUAUGGGGUAGAUGAUGCCAAGAUUCUAGUCACACUCCGUCUGUGCCUGGUGCUUUAUUGUUCUUCAGCCGACAAGUUGCCCUUCGGGUCUCCUCUAUGCUUGGUGACAGGAGAAGAUUUGCAUCCAGCAGCGGAGUUUCUGGCUGCUCAGCAAAUUAGUCGUUGAGCAGUUCAUCAAAAUGCUGGGCCCACCGCGAGGGACGUCUGGUUGGUUACUGAUCCGAUUUCCAACCUUGUCGCCGCAGCUGGUGACCUUAGCUAUCAAGAUGUUUCGGUGACUUGCUACCGCUUUUUAAGAUUGUCUUGUGUGUCCGUAGAGCACUCUGUUUUUUUUCAAGUUCAUGUAUUUCACGUAUCUUCUCUUCUCUUGCUCUUCCUACAAUCGCUUCUUUUUUUAUGAACUUGCUUCUCUAUACUUCUGAGCUUCAAGUAUUCCCUUACGCUGUCUCACGUCCUGCGCCUGCCCAUCAUUACUUUGUACGCAAUGUUUUUUUCGUUCCGUCACAUGUUCACAUCAACGUCGAACCAGGCAGAUCUGGUCUUAUCACGAAGCGUGCUCAAGAUUUCUUGGGGACAGUUCCUGAUGCAUGUUCUUAGAGCAUUCCAUC